AGAGAGGGAGAGAGAGAGAGAGAGAGAGAUUCCUUUCUUGAGUUCUUUACAGUCCCUUUUGCACAAGCAAAACUAAAGAGCGAAAAUGGGCUCAACAGCAUGUAUUUUUGUUGCUCUAUUAUUUAUUUUCUCAAAUAUGCCAUGUGAAGCUCAGCUAUCUUCCUCAUUCUACGAUAACACCUGUCCAAAAGCCCUCAGUACCAUCCGGACAGCGGUCAGGACUGCUGUAUCUCGUGAGCGUAGAAUGGCAGCAUCUCUAAUUCGUCUCCACUUCCAUGAUUGCUUCGUCCAGGGCUGCGAUGCAUCAAUCUUGCUUAAUGAUUCUUCCUCCAUUCAAAGCGAGAAAAAUGCUCCCAAUAAUUUGAAUUCAGUUCGAGGAUACGAUGUCAUAGAUGAUGUAAAGUCUGAAGUGGAGAGCAUUUGUCCCGGUAUUGUAUCGUGUGCUGACAUUCUUGCAGUGGCAGCUCGGGAUGCAUCCGUCGCUGUGAGUGGACCAACAUGGACAGUGAAUCUUGGAAGAAGAGAUUCCACAACCUCAGGCCUAAGCCAAGCUGCCACCAACCUUCCUAACUUCAGUGACGGCCUCGACAGGCUUAUUUCCUUGUUCGGUAGCAAAGGUUUGAGCGAAAGAGACAUGGUUGCCCUUUCAGGUUCCCACACGAUAGGCCAAGCAAGAUGUGUGACAUUCCGGGAUAGGAUAUACGACAAUGGAACUGAUAUUGACGCUGGCUUUGCUAGUACCAGGAGACGCCGCUGUCCUGCUACUAGUGGGGAUGGUGAUGACAAUCUUGCAGCCCUGGAUUUGGUGACACCCAAUUCUUUUGAUAACAAUUACUUCAAGAAUCUCAUUCAGAAGAAGGGUCUUCUUCAAUCAGAUCAAGUACUUUUCAGCGGAGGUUCUAGUGACAGCAUCGUCACUGGGUACAGCAAAAGCCCUUCAACAUUCAGCUCUGAUUUUGCAUCAGCCAUGGUUAAGAUGGGAAAUAUUGAACCUCUCACUGGCUCUGCCGGAGAGAUUCGAAAACUCUGCAGUGCUAUAAAUUGAUUUCUUCACAAGAUUUGCAGUCAAAAUCCAAGUGUCAAUAACGAGUGUUAGACCUUUUUCUCUUCCUUCGAUUUGGCGGAGGAUGCCAAAAUUAAUUUCUUUGCUGGUUUCUAUUUUAUAGGAAAUUAUAAGGGUUGUCUUAUUCAUAGGAGAUUGUAAGUGUCACUCCUUUAUCUUAGUUUAAAUAAAAGACAGGUAC